AAAAGGGGGGAAAAAUGGCGGGCGAAUAUCGAUUUGGGGAUCAAUUCAAUGUUCCUCCUAAAUAAGCAUUUCGAACCAGGCUUGAAAUUUUCCCCAAAUAAAAUCCCGCUAAAAUUUACAGGAGCACGAUAAAAGUCGACACUCAACUGCUCCGCUCCCGUUUUUCCAGGAAAGCGAGACUGAAAUUGCUUGCAGGAUUGCGGUCACAGUAAUGGCAGUUUCAGGCGAUCCGGCAGCUGAGCAGACGAAGAAGAAGACGGGCAAAGAAGUGAAGGCAAAGCGUCGCAGUGAGUGCCCCGGCGUUCGAGUCAUCGGCAGCCGGAUCUAUGAUUCCCAAAAUGGCAGGACUUGUCACCAGUGCCGUCAAAAAACAAUGGACAUUAUGUCAGGAUGCAAGAAUAUAAAAGAUGGUAAGCCUUGUACCAUUCAAUUUUGCCACAAAUGCCUCCUGAAUAGGUAUGGGGAGAAGGUAGAAGAAGUUGCAACUACGGAUGACUGGAUCUGUCCAAAAUGUAUGGGCAUAUGCAACUGCAGUUUCUGCAUGAAAAAGAGAGGUUACCAGCCCACUGGCAUUCUCGUACACACAGCCAAAGCAACUGGAUUUACUUCUGUUUCAGAAAUGCUACAAGUUAAGGCACCAGGAAAUAGUCAAAACUCUGAACAUGAAAGUGUUGUUGAAAACAAAGAUGCUCUGCCUAAAAAGAACAGUGCUUCAAGCAAGGGGGCCAAAGUUGUUCUCCCAACCAAGAGGGGGAAGGAAAACAAAUUUAAUGGGAGUAUAGGACUAAAUGCUCAACCACUUACUUCAUCACAUAAUCAUACUGAACAGGGAUCUAGAAAAAAUAAACGAGAAGAGUGCAAGGAGAUACAAUGCAAUGGCGUGGGUGAUAAGGUUUCAUCAAAGACUGCUGUUAAUUCCCCCGAUAAGAGGAAAUUUAAGAAAAUGAAGCAAGAGAGUUCAUCAAAGAUCAAUAAUCCUGUUGAAGAGAGUUUCCAGAAGAAUGCAACACAUGUUGCAUGUGAACAUGACAAUAAAUCUGAAAAAACAAAGAUGGAAGUGCCGAUCAAGAAGCCUGAUGAAGACAUUGUUAAAGAUCUAUGUAUCCAAAAAAAUAACUUCAAUGCUACUAUUCCCCUACCUCAGGGAACUGGACUUACAUCUGUAGCUGGCAGCGAUUUCCUUCAAGAAGAUGUUGGAAGUGCACUGCAAUUUUUAGAGUUUUGUGCUGCUUUUGGAAAGAUUCUUGAUAUAAAGAGAGGGCAGGCAGAAGCUAUACUCAGGGAUUUGGUACAAGGACGAAUCUCAAGACGAGGGAAAACUAACGUGACUGCUCAGUUUUUAAUCCAUUUGCUAUCAUUCAUAAGAGAGGAGCAUGAAGGGUCUCCAAUCUUAACUCCUACCGAUGAUAAGGGAUCAUGGCUCAAAUCUCUUAAAGAGCUCCUUUCUGAAUCCCCAAUUGUUUCAAAGCAAAUGGGGUUGGAUUCCUUAGACGAUGGGUUUGAUAGCUUAAGCUCCUCAAAAAAGCUUAAGCUAUUGAACUUUGUGUGUGAUGAAUUACUUGAUACUGUAAGGAUAAGGAAUUGGAUAGAUGAGCAGAAUUCAAAAUGUGCUGAAAAGACAAAGGAAGCAAAAGAAAAAGUUUCUGCUGCACGAGAGGAGGAAAAGCGUUUGAAGCAGAAAAUUCAAGGUGAUGUUGUUGCAACAGUCAUUGCAAAGAAUGGUGCACCCAUUUCAGUAUUAGAGCAUGAUGCUAUUGUCACUCAGGCAAAGCGUGAAGCAGCUGAAGCUCAUGCUACUUUCCUACAAACAAGGGGUCUAUUGUUAAAGUGUAGCCAAAAAUCAGAUGCAAUGCGAACAGAGCCCAUCUUUAUGGACACAAAUGGUCAGGUGUUUUGGAGGCUGACAUGCUUUUCUAACAAAUCUGUUAUACUUCUUCAAGAGUUAGGAACUGAAGACGUUUCAUCUAACGAGAAAUGGUUUGCUUUUGAUGAAGCACAGCAAGAAACGGUUGAGAAGUGUGUCAAUUCCAGGCGAAAGAGGUUAAUGGCUCCAUGCAUGAUGUCCACUGUGAAACAACCAUGUUGAUGAUCAACUUAAUAAGGUUAUACUGCUGUAGUAAUUAAACCCCAGGAGGUAGAAGAAAUGUAGAACUUAAUUAACUACCAUAUUAACUUUGUUGGUCUCUCUUUGCAACAAUAUUAUGACUUGUUCUUGGUUGUAUCAAGGAAGACCCUGGAUGUUGUGACUGUUUUGAUGAUAUAAAUUACCACCUCCUAAAAAUUGCUAUGAAGUUUCUUGCUUUUUGUCAUUAGACUUGUGCCAAUAAGAAUCUGGGUUGGGU